UACAUAGACCUGCUUGACACGCCGGUGUGGAUGUGCCCCAGCGUCUCAACGUUAUCACCUGCGUCCGCUGCCGUUAGUUGACCGAGCGUGCCGUCAGAACCACUGAAACUUUAUUUACAGCCCCCCCCCCCCGCCCCCCCCCUCCCCGUGCCCAGCCAUGAAGCUCAGCGUGGCGUUGUUCUUUGCCGGACUCUUCGGGGCCCUGGCAGUGGUCUUCAUCCUGCUGUCCUUCGGAACCGAUUACUGGCUGCUGGCCUCGGAGAGCUGCCGUCCCGCUUCUGACAAUGACCGCACCGCUGCGGAGCGUGGAGAUAUGCCAGAACAGAACGUGACCAGUGGGGUCGCUUUGUACCACGAGGGCUUCUUCUGGAGGUGUUCGUUUGCAGGCGACGUGCAAGAAGAAGACCUGCUAUGGGCGCUUUGGUUCACAAAUCAGCCUCACUCCAAAGUCUGCAUGCACUCCUACCUCUUCCCAUUCCCGGUGUCCCAUCACACCCACAACGCCACGGCCUAUGAAUCCGCCAUAAUCUACAGAGGCUUCUGGAGCGUCUUCAUGCUCAUCGGCGUGGCGGCCGUGGUGCUCGCCGGCUUUUUCAUCAUCUGCGCGGCUCCCUUCGCUAGCCACUGCCUGUACAAAACGGGAGGUGGCUUCUUCCUGGCAUCGGGUUUCUUCCUGCUGUGCGUGGUGGUGAUGUACGUACUUUGGAUCGAGGUGUUGGACGCGGUGGACGUCUAUGUGAAUCAUCAACGUUCCAACGUGUGUCCAGACUUCCACUUGACCCUCUACUACGGCCUCUCGUUCAUGUUCGCUCCCGUCGGCAUCUUCUUCUCUCUGCUGGCCGGCCUCCUCUUCCUCCUGAUUGGCCGAACCAUCAAGAACCACUAUCACUAACUCUGGGGUAUCGAAAAGGAAACACCAGCAAACCGGAAUACGUCCUUCAAGAGUUAAUGAGCGAGAGUACUGUGCAAAAGUUGUAGCUACCAUGCUACAAUGACCCAAGUGCUACUUAUAAAAAUGUAAUAGAUCAUUCCUCAACUCACAUGACAACAAUCUAUAACAUGGUGCGCAAAGUAUGGCGUCGAUCUUUAAUUUGCCCCACAGAGCAGUUACAUUGUCAGGAGUCCUAUAAUUCCGUGUUUAUUUUCCUGAAAUUGGCUCAUUCAAACGUCAUUUUUUCAAUUCGUUCAAUUCAUAAAUGGCAAAUGUAUGUAUUUUAAAUAAGAUUUUUAAUCUUAUUUAAAAUAAAAUAAGAUUUUUAAUCAUAUUUAAAAUACUCUUAUUUUUUAAAAAAAUUACAAUUUAAAAUAAUCUUAUUUUAAAAAAAAACAUUUUAUUUUAAAAUUUAAAUAAAAUAAAAUAAAAUAAAUACUUUUACAAGUACUUUUUUUAAAAAGGAUUUUGAUUAAAUAUGACUAAGUGAUCCUAAAUCAUGAAAAUUGAAAAUGUGUAAAUUAUGACUGUGCUAUUACAAUAUUUUAAAUGACUAUCAUUCUUAUUCUUCCUCCUGGCCCAUCUUUCCCACAAGAGUUUGCCCGGUCUUUGUCAAUACAUUUUCUUUUUUUUGCUCUUCCGAAUGGCUGCUGUGGGAAAAAAAAGGUCAUUCAAACAACAAAGCUGGAGGUGAGUGGCGACCCAAGACUUUUGCACAGUACAGCGUUCUCGGUUUAUGACGGUCCUUCGCUCAUUGCUCGCCAUAUUUACUGUUGGAUUGCUUUUUUUCCCCCUCUUUUUUUAUUUUUUAAAAAUCUUUUUCUGUAAUGGCAGCAUCUCACAGUGAAUAACCACUCCCGCCAAUUUUUUGUUGUUGUUAUUUAUAACUUAUAUUAAUGAUUAGCAAAGCUGUUAUAACAUCAUCAUUGCCUCUUAAAUAAACUUUAUAAAACGU